UGGAACCGCUCGCAUCAGUCGCUUGGCUGACAUCCUGCCGUAAGCAGUGGGGAUGAACCAGCUGGUCCGUCUUCAUUGAUGGAAGAAUGGUCAUUGAGAAAUUGGUCAGUUGAAGUAACAUAGAUUUGUGGCGCGCGGUUUAUCGACAAAGUAAAAGUAGUGUAUUGUCAAUCAUUCCGACGGUUUAAACUUGUAACGGUCAACAGCUGAUAGCAAGUUGGUGUACUGUACAGGUACGAGUGAAUAAUUGUCACGUGUUGAAUUGUAGUGCAUCGAGCGAGAAGAUAUUUAUAACUGAAAUCUAGUCAUACUAGUCAGUGAUACCGAGGCAAUCGACAGAUAAUAGACCGGUGUCUGCAGAACAACCGAACAGAUUGGAAGGGGUUUGCGGUGAAAGACAUAAUUGUUGUGGAGAAGCAGAAAUUAUUUGUAUUUGAUUGGGUGGAUUUGUGCAUAAACGUUGAUUGAUUCAUUCCAAGUGUCAUCAGUAUAGAAGCAGUUCGACAACAGCUACAGUGUGUAAAAGCAGGCAUGCAAUCGAAAGCAGAGUGAAGAUCACGAAAGGCUUGAAGGAUAUCAUUAACCACAUGGUCGGUAGAGUUCCACGAAGCGGCUUAAACUGUAAUAAGUGUAUGCGAAACAUAAUUGAUUACUUUGGACGUUUGUGUGGUGGUUCGUCUCCUCACAAGUAAUAGUUGUAUCGUAAGGUGAAGAAAAUUUGUAUGAUCUACAAGAUUGAUUGCGUAUCAACUUGACAAGGGCAUUAAACAGCACAGCGUCGUCAGAGGAUGGUCGUGAAGAUUGAUACUGUGUAAUCGCAACCGGUCGUUAUCAGGGUGCGAUGCAAAAGUGCUGAAAAUUUAAACCAUGAUACGUGACGCUUCUAUUGCCGUUGGCAUCAUAAGUAAUGGAAAGAGAUUUGGAGUAAAUUGGAUGUAAAAAUCUGCAUAGCAGGAUAACCCUAUCGUGAAGCCGUACGGUGAUAUAUGAGAUUUGCAAACAACAUAAACCAAAUAUGAAUUCGAAGUGCGUAAUGUUCAAAUGUACCAAUAGUUAACAUGACCAAGUAUCCAUCACCUCCAACUGCAUUCAAUGUGAUCCCUGCACAAGGCAAAUAGUAGAUUGUGGCGCUACGCACCAUGUUAAACGAUGCAUAUACGACACCGUAUGGUUACAGUAGUAUCAACAACGUCAGUGAUAAAUAUGAACUCUCGAACUAUUCAUUCCAUUUCGAGGAUGCCCCACUCUACAGUACACCCUCCGCAGCGUAUGAAAACAAUGUCACCAAUACGACAUUGGAGAUCACCUUCAUACUUCCGGUGUGGCGGCAAGUGCUGUGGACUUUGCUGUUCGUCUGUAUGGUUAUCGUUGCCACGGUGGGCAACUUGGUCGUCAUCUGGAUUGUACUGGCCAACAAAAGAAUGCGAACUGUGACCAACUACUUUCUUGUGAAUUUAUCGAUAGCCGAUGCGAUGGUUUCGACACUGAACGUCACAUUCAAUUACACCUACAUGCUGAAUCUCGACUGGCCGUUCGGCAACCUCUAUUGUAAAAUAUCACAAUUUGUGGCAAUACUCAGCAUCUGUGCGUCCGUUUUCACGUUGAUGGCCAUUUCCAUCGAUAGGUACAUGGCCAUAAUGAAUCCCUUGAAGCCUAGAAUGGGGAAACGAGCAACCCUUUGCAUUGCAGCUGCCAUCUGGAUAGUGGGAAUCAUCAUCUCCAGCCCCAUGUUGUUGUUUUUCACGACCUUUGAGCUGCAGGACCGAGUGGUUUGCUACUCGGAGUGGCCCGACGGCCCCUCGAACCAUUCUAUGCAGGAGUACGUAUAUAACGUCAUUUUCAUGUUUCUGACAUAUUUCCUCCCGAUCGGAUCAAUGUCCUUUACGUACGCUCGAGUGGGGCUAGAGCUAUGGGGAUCAAAAAGCAUCGGCGAGUGUACACAGAGACAACUGGAGAACAUCAAAAGCAAACGAAGGGUGGUGAAAAUGAUGAUGGUCGUGGUCGUUAUAUUUGCGGUUUGCUGGCUGCCGUUCCAGAUCUAUUUCAUCGCGACGUCGUACUAUCCGGAGUUGACCGACAAGCCCUAUAUUCAGGAGGUGUACCUGGGCAUCUACUGGCUCGCGAUGAGUAAUUCAAUGUACAACCCCAUUAUCUACUGUUGGAUGAACUCCAGGUUUCGUCGAGGAUUUCAGCAAUUUUUUAGGUGGUGUCCCUUCAUUAGGAUAAGUCCAGACGUGCUAACACGACGUGGUGCCGUCAAUUCGCGGUAUUCCUGCUCGGGUUCACCGGAUCACCAUCGAAUCGUACGAAAUGACACGGAGCGGUCGAUCCUCUACACCUGCCCGGGUUCGCCUAAGACACAUCGAAGAUCUCAAGGAUCCGUUCACAUUCCAAUGCACUUGUCUACGUGUCAACAUCACCCAGCAACUAGUUCAACUUCCUUUUCACAAAAACUUCCGCCAAGAAAUGAAAGCUUUCCGACCAGAUCAAACACGGUGACAUCCAGCAAUGGACAUCGCAUUCUUCACCACUCCUACCACCAGCAGCAUCAUAAUCAUCAGUCGCUGCUGCAGUCGUCAAAGAAGUCGAGCAAGAACAACAGUAACAACAGCAGCAAUAGUCCUAGUCCCGCUCUCAUAUCAAGCAAUCUCAAUAGCUUUAAAAACAAUAGUGCUCUUGGCACAUUUAAUAAUGAUGACAUUUCCAACGGUGCUGAUAACCAAUUGCUGUCCUGACUUGGCACGUCGCCACUCUGAGAAGGAAAUGCGCACACCAGAUGAUACGUACCUACAAUUUUACAAAUCUCUCACUUUGCACAGCAUCGAACAAACCAUUUGCAACUAUUUUAAGCUCAAUGAUAGAACACCGAGGUCUAUUUAAUUUUAUAAUAUUUUGGGACGUAUUUCCGCAUAUCAGUCUUCUCUGUAAAAAAUAAAAACUGAAAAAUAAACUCUUCCAAACACAAUAGUGCGAAAAGUUUACUGAAAGGAAAUCGAAUUUCAAAAAAAUCUUUAGAAAUUCAAUCGAAAUCUUAUACAUCAGAAAUAAACAUACAUGUUGCAAAUGUUUUGUUCCAUCCUGUCUGCAUCGCUGGGAAAUGAGGCGAAGCGACCCACUGUUAUCGCAGACAAGGCUAUCAACGUUAGUUGUGUAAACUUCCACCAACAUAAUUAGGUGAGAAUAGGUUCCCCAUCCGCAUGAACUAGGCCAGACAGACACUGAAUGGACCAACUACAUUAGAUGUACCUCUCUAGGAUACGAGCCUGCUAUCUCAAAUGUCGAGCUCUUCCUUUUCCCUCUCCCCACAUGAUAUUAACUGUUAAACUGUUGAAUUGUGAUUUGAAGAACAAACGAACCGGUACAACGCCAUUAUAUCAGUGUUAGAUACCUGCAGAAGAAUGUGAAUAAAUUCUAGCCUAAAUCAUUGUGUAUAUUUGCAGAACAAUCAUGCAAAACAGACUAGAUAUAUUUAUAAUCUGA